AUGGCGAAGGCGCAACUGGGACCAGGCUCUUUCAGCCUUCCAGUCAUCUACCGCCUCUUCUUCCUCAUUAUCGAGCCCAUCUCGGCACUCGUCGGGGCAUUCUACGCGCACUUCCGCCAGCCGGAAUAUAUGGCAUUGACCCAUGCGUCCACCGCCGUGUCUCCAAUCCCGACGGGAACCUCCAUCAUCAUGUCGCAGCUUGCGAACUUGUACCUGCUCUUCGCGCUCAACGAGGCACUCGUGCUGCGGUCGACGGGCAACUUGAGAACCUGGAAGACGGUUCUUUUCGUCCUGCUGCUUGCGGACAUCGGGCACCUGUACUCUGUCUCUGCUGUCGGGUCGCGAGUUUACUGGGACGUUGCUUCGUGGAACGCGAUUGAUUGGGGUAAUGUGCCCUUCGUGUACCUGGGGGCUUCCAUGCGUAUUGCGUUUCUAGCCGGCGUUGGACUAGGAGGAGCUCAGACGGCCGGGGCGGCGAAGAAGACGAAUUAA